AUGUCCCAAGAGGAAACGGAGGACGCUACCACCGCUUCUGAUGAAGAGUUAUCAGAAAGGUCAAUUUCUACCUUAGACACAUCCGAAGCGAAAGCAGAACAUUGUAUGUCCGACUCAGUGGUGACUAUUGAUUAUGAUGAAGCCACGCUCAGAUCACAAGAUGUCGCCGAUGAACAUAGUAAUACACCUGUAAUUGGAACAAAUGAAUACCAGAGUAUAGCCCUUGACCUCAGCAAAGGGAAAUCUGCUGCCUGUGGCGUGAGUUCAAAAGAUUCUCUUCUGUCAUUCUCUCAGAAUAUCAAAUUUUAUAGCCCAACAAAGCAGAUGGAUAUUUCUAAUUUGAAUAUUGAGGAAUCUAAACAAUCAGACGCCACUAAAUGUGCGAAGCAUAAUUUGCCUUUUAAAAAGCGGAUUCUCUCUGGCGAAGGAUUUGCANGGUUGCCAGGAUUCACCCCACCUAGGUUGCCAGGAUUCACCCCACCUAGGUUGCCAGGAUUCACCCCACCUAGGUUGCCAGGAUUCACCCCACCUAGGUUGCCAGGAUUCACCCCACCUAGGUUGCCAGGAUUCACCCCACCUAGGUUGCCAGGAUUCACCCCACCUAGGUUGCCAGGAUUCACCCCACCUAGGUUGCCAGGAUUCACCCCACCUAGGUUGCCAGGAUUCACCCCACCUAGGUUGCCAGGAUUCACCCCACCUAGGUUGCCAGGAUUCACCCCACCUAGGUUGCCAGGAUUCACCCCACCUAGGUUGCCAGGAUUCACCCCACCUAGGUUGCCAGGAUUCACCCCACCUAGGUUGCCAGGAUUCACCCCACCUAGGUUGCCAGGAUUCACCCCACCUAGGUUGCCAGGAUUCACCCCACCUAGGUUGCCAGGAUUCACCCCACCUAGGUUGCCAGGAUUCACCCCACCUAGGUUGCCAGGAUUCACCCCACCUAGGUUGCCAGGAUUCACCCCACCUAGGUUGCCAGGAUUCACCCCACCUAGGUUGCCAGGAUUCACCCCACCUAGGUUGCCAGGAUUCACCCCACCUAGGUUGCCAGGAUUCACCCCACCUAGGUUGCCAGGAUUCACCCCACCUAGGUUGCCAGGAUUCACCCCACCUAGGUUGCCAGGAUUCACCCCACCUAGGUUGCCAGGAUUCACCCCACCUAGGUUGCCAGGAUUCACCCCACCUAGGUUGCCAGGAUUCACCCCACCUAGGUUGCCAGGAUUCACCCCACCUAGGUUGCCAGGAUUCACCCCACCAAAGAAGCCAGGACCGAGCCCGCCGCAGGGGCCCGUAGUUAGCCCGCUGCGGAAUUUAUUGUUGGCCCCACCACUAAUCCCAAGGGUGAGCCCACGGAAAAAGUCAGGGGCGAGCUCACAGAAAAAGUCAGGGGCGAGCUCACAGAAAAAGUCAGGGGCGAGCUCACAGGAAAAGUCAGGGGUGAGCUCACAGGAAAAGUCAGGGGCGAGCUCACAGAAGAAGUCAGGGGUGAGCUCACAGGAAAAGUCAGGGGCGAGCCCACCAAUGGAUAUAUCAGACAGCCGUAGAGACUUACAACACGACCCAUCAGGGGAUCGUUCGAUGAGAGGACUAACGGAGAAACUAAUUGAAGAUUUAAUUAAAGGCAUACCAUUUCAUGCUGGAAGUUAUUCUAGUAUUAGAGUUUCAGGUCCAUUUGAUAGUGGUACUAAAACUUCUAAUUUAAACCCAGUUCCAGGUCCAUCUAACACUGUACCUAGUCUCCUAGGUACACCUGGCAGAAGUGCAACAAAAAUGUCUAAACCAGAAGCUGUCCUUAAUAUAUCUAGUGCUAAAGCAGCUGAGCCUAAAACGGAAAAUAUAUUUGAUGCUAAAGCAGCUGAGCCUAAAACUGAAAAAACAUUUGAUGCUAAAGCAGCUGAGCCUAAAACUGAAAAUACAUCUGAUGCUGAAGCAGCUGAACCUGAAACGGAAAGUACAUCUGAUUCUGAAAUUACUUCUCACAAACGAGAUUUAAUUUAA